CCCCUCUCUCUCUCUCCGUAUCGCUCCGUUUCUCCUCUGCCUCUGAACUCACGCCCAUCAAGAGAAAGAGUACAAACAAACCCACAGACUGAGAAACAGAGAAGGGCAGAGACUCAUAAAACCCUCCUCCUCUCUCUCUGUCUCCACACUCACACCUAUCAAUCUCCGCCUCCAGAGGAAGCAAUGGCAAUCGCCUUCUGCUUCACUCCCUCCUCCUCCUCUUCCUCCUCCGCCUCCAAGUUCAAUCCGCACCGUCCGUUUCCGUCCCUCUCCGCCUCUCCCGUCGUGCACCUCCGCCUCAGAGUGUCCCCGCCCUCUCUGGCGCACCGCGGCCGCCAGUUCCGGCGCGUGCUGUUCGCCGCCGGGGGCGGAGACGGGGGAUUUGGCGGCGGAGGACACUCCGGAGGCGGUAGCGGCGGGGAUCACGGCGGCGAGGACAAUGCCGGCGGGAAAAACAAGUUGGAGGCCCUGAUGGUGUUGAAGGAGUCCGGGCGGGGGUUGGAGAGCCUGCCGAAGGACUUGGCGGCGGCGAUCGAGGACGGGCGGAUCCCCGGCGCGGUUGUGGAUAAGUAUUUUGAGCUGGAGAAGAACGGCUGCUUUUCGUGGCUGCUGCAGUUUGCUGGGUUUAGGGAGCGGUUGUUGGCUGAUGAUCUUUUCUUGUUUAAGGUCUUCAUGGAGUGUGGUGUUGGUCUUUUCACCAAGACUGCUGCAGAGUACCAGAAACGCCAAGAAAACUUUUUCAAUGAGCUCGAAGUUGUGUUUGCAGAUGUGGUAAUGGCCAUAAUUGCAGAUUUCAUGCUUGUAUAUCUUCCUGCCCCAACUGUUUCUCUUCGACCACCAGUUGCACUCAGCGCAGGGGCAAUCACCAAGUUUUUGCAUGGUUGCCCUGAUAAUGCAUUCCAGAUUGCUAUCUCAGGAACAUCAUACUCCUUAUUUCAGAGGAUUGGUGCAGUAGUGAGAAAUGGGAGCAAGCUCUUCGUUGUUGGUACUGCUUCAUCACUGGUUGGCACAAGUGUUACAAAUGCCUUGAUCAAUGCAAAGAAGGCUGUUGGUUGCUCCGCAGAGGCUGAAGCUGAUAAUGUACCUAUAGUAUCCACUAGCCUUGCAUACGGUGUCUAUAUGGCAGUUUCUAGCAAUCUCAGGUACCAAGUAUUGGCUGGUGUUAUUGAACAAAGGAUGUUGGAGCCACUACUACAUCAACACAAGCUAAUGCUAAGCGCAGUAUGCUUUGCCGUUCGAACUGGCAACACAUUCUUGGGUUCAUUAUUGUGGGUGGACUAUGCUCGUUUAAUAGGGAUUCAGAAGGCCCAUUAGUUAUACAACGGGUGCACUUUCUAAUUUGAUUUUCUCAAGGCAUAGGUUCUCUGCAUUUGUUGCAUACAUUAUGCAAUUAGACGAUUGAAGUGAUUGGGGUUUUAUUUGCUAGGUUACAUGGGUUUUCCGCCCUCCUUUUAUUUAUACCGCCCCAGUCUGAGCCAACUUUUUCUAUUUGAUUCUCCUUUUCCUUACUUUUACAAUUUUUUACCCAUUUUCUCAUUUUUCUUGUCUUGAUGCUGUAAGGAUUUUGUUCUGGAAAUCUCAACAGUAAGAAAAGGAUUUUACUGUUGUCUAUUGACUAUGGUGGAGCUUGUGUACCUAGUUUAUAUAUUAGCAUCUGAAGAAAUUUUCAAGGAA